GUGGUGUGGCAGUCAGCUGACUGUCUCUUCCGGGUUGUCGGUCGGUGUUUACUUUGAGAGGCUGCUGUGUUUUGUGUUUCGAGCCUUCAGUCAGGUAGAAACGUUCACCUGGCGCUCCUCGUGUCGGACCGACGGCUCCCCACCCGGGUCCACUUCAGCUGUUCUGACACAGACACACCUGAAGAGUCCAGCUGACGGUCCACCGUCGUGUCUUCAGUCAGGACCCGGGACACGGGACCCGGGACACAUCCAAAGAAACCGCUCCGGAUCAGCCAGCUCCAGACAGUCGGUGCUGUCUGUGCGGCCGCCAUGAACGCCUCGGACAGUGAUGACGACUCCUAUAACGAGAGGACGGCGUUGGUUCCGUCUGAGAAUCCGGUGGUACCGUCCUACAAAGAAGAUCCGGACCUCCACGCGCCCAAUGAUGCUCCAUCCAAAAGGCCCGGACUGAGCAGGAGGGCGGGUCCAGCUGCUCCGGCCGCCGCAGAUGGAGGCGGCAGUGGCGGCGGCUCGGAUCAGGAGCUGGACGCGGACGAUGAGGAGCUGACUCUGAAGUAUGGGGCCAAACACGUCAUCAUGCUGUUCAUCCCCGUCACCCUCUGCAUGGUGGUCGUGGUCGCCACCAUCAAGUCGGUCAGCUUCUACACAGAGAAGACGGACCAGCAGCUGAUCUACACACCAUUCACUGAGAACACCACGUCUGUCGGCCGCCGCCUCCUCAACUCCGUCCUCAACACCAUCAUCAUGAUCAGCGUCAUCGUGGUCAUGACCAUCUUCCUGGUCGUCCUCUACAAGUACCGCUGCUACAAGUUCAUCCACGGCUGGCUCAUCCUGUCCUCCCUCAUGCUGCUGUUCUGGUUCAGCUUCAUGUACCUGGGAGAAGUGUUUAAGACGUACAACCUGGCGGUGGACUACCCGACGGUGGGGGUGAUCAUCUGGAACUUUGGGGCGGUGGGGAUGAUCUGUAUCCACUGGAAGGGCCCGCUCCAGCUGCAGCAGGCCUACCUGAUCCUCAUCAGCGCCCUCAUGGCCCUCGUCUUCAUCAAAUACCUGCCCGAGUGGUCGGCCUGGGUCAUCCUUGGAGCCAUCUCUGUCUACGACCUGGUGGCCGUCCUGUCACCUAGAGGUCCUCUCAGGAUGUUGGUGGAAACGGCUCAGGAACGUAACGAGCCCAUCUUCCCCGCCCUCAUCUACUCAUCUGCCAUGAUGUGGACGGUGGGGAUGGCGAGCCCGAACGAUGCUCAGCGCUCUGGACACGAAACAGACGAGGAGGCAGAGCAGAGCAGCAGGGGGGCGGAGCCUGAGAGUCGACAGCCACGGUCGUUUCCAGAAGAUGAGCUGGAGGAGGACCGAGGGGUGAAGCUCGGCCUCGGGGAUUUCAUCUUCUACAGCGUUCUGGUUGGGAAGGCUGCAGCGACCGGCGGAGACUGGAACACGACGCUCGCCUGCUUCGUCGCCAUUCUUAUCGGCCUGUGUCUGACUCUGCUGCUGUUGGCCAUCUUUAAGAAGGCUCUGCCGGCGCUGCCCAUCUCCAUCACCUUCGGGCUCGUCUUCUACUUCUCCACGGACUUCCUGGUUCAGCCCUUCAUGGACAACCUGGCUGCUAACCAGUUUUACAUCUGACAGGAAGCCACGCCCCCUUCACCUGCCCCCUCCUCUUCCUCGUUGUCCUGCAGGCCCGCCACCGUCUAUGAUGUGACGCACAAAGACCACUUCCUGUCUUUAAAAGUCUGUUUGGGGAGCAUGACGCACUGACUUAACUAUAGGAAGUGUUGUAAUGCAGACAGGAAGCUGGCGUGGGUAUGAGGUGGUGACGGUGGCUGAAGGUCACCUGGUUGCUUCUGCUCAGGUGUGUUCCUGAUCACCUGCUGACUUUAAAGGAAAGACCUGCAUUAGUCUGUAGAGUGUCUGUUUCUGGGGGACAGUUUGGAUGUAACACUCGCUGACUAAGACCAGAGAACACCGCGGCUGCAUCUGAUUGGCUGCCACUCCUGUCCAUCAUAACAAACAUUCCUGUUUUUAAUCAGUAACGAUUCCCUGUGCUCGUUAGUGACCUCACACACAUGCUGCGUUCGCUCCACUUCCUGUUUGGUCGGUUUCAUUAAAAGGAUAUUCCAGUGUGAGUUUAAUCCAUUUUCUAACACACCGUGACACUGAGUGAGACCCCCCCGAGAGACCAACUUUGCAGACCGCUAGCUUACAUAGUUUUAGCAACCUCAGAAAUGACCUCACAAUAACAAUACACUGCAGUAUCGCCUCCAACAACAAACCACCAUCAAAAAGCCACAAAUAAUGUUCAGAACAGCACCAAACUUCAGCAACAGUACAAACAGAGUCCCAGUACAUCGAGGCAUCAAACGUCUGCUAGCUUAGCCGGAUUUCUAUUGCAAAGUGAACAUAGCUCACCACUCUCCUGCAGCAGCUUCCUGUUGUGGGGAAGCCCUGACGAGUCGAUUUCCGAGUGCAGUAGAGUUCUGCAGCUCAAGGA